AUGCUUGGAUUCCCCACCCCAGCCACCCCCUCUCCUGCCAUGUCUCUCAGCACUACCCCAACCAAGACUCUUCUGCAGACUUCUCCACCUCCUCCUCCUCCUCCACCUCUUCCUCCUGUUUCCUCCACCCCUCUGACUUCAACCAACCACAUUGAGCAGCACAGCAACUACCCAGAGAGAGACAGCAACAACAACAACAGCAGCAGCAGCAGCAAGAAACCAGCGGAGAAGCCGCACCAUCAGAAGAAGGCCAAGGAAAGAGAAGUGGAGAACGGCGGUCGUCCACAGACCCCCAACGUCAGCAACAACAAAAAGAAAGAGAAGCCGUCUCCAGCCUCGGGCAAACCAGGACGCGAGGGUCAUCUGGAUGCAGCUCAACUACAGGCUCUUCAGAACGCACUGGCCGGCGCUGCAGACCCAAGCUCCUUCCUGGGAGGUCAGUUCCUGCCUUACUUCCUCCCGGGCUUCGCCAACAGCUUUUCGCCCCAGCUUCUUGGAGGGAUGCAGGCGGGGGGAUACUUCCCUCCAUUCGGUGGGAUGGAGAACAUGUUCCCCUAUGGUCCUGCUGCCAUCCCGCAGGCCGCCAUGGCGGGGAUGAAUCCCACCGCACUCUUGCAGCAGUAUCAGCAGUACCAGCAGUCCCUCCAGGAUUCCCUGCAAAAGCAGCAACAACAGCAGCAGCAGCAGCAGCAAAAGCAGCUUGAGCAAAAACAACACCAUCAUAAACAGCCGAAGCAGAAGCCAGCCCCUGUGAAGGCAUCGUCACCAAGUGUGCAGAGCAACCCCAAGUCUUUCAAACCAAAACAAUCUAUGGGAACUAAAGAUGACACCAACAACAACAAAUGCUCUUUGACGGAAAGCACAAAAGAACCGCCAACAGAAACCAAAAGAACCACAGACUUUCCUGACGCUUUCAUCAUUCCGUCUGUCAAGCACCAGUUCAUAUGCAGGAAGUGCCAGAUGGUAUUCGCUGACGAGGACUCCGCAGUGCAUCACCAGAAGUCCUUCUGCUACUUCGGAAACCCUUUUCCAGACCCGCAGGAGACAGUUCUUAGAAAGGCAGUGAGUAAGUACAGGUGCAUCGCCUGCAAUGUGAUGGUCAACGGGAAUGAAGCGCUUGACCAACACCUCCAGUUGAGCUUGCACAAAGAGAAAACAAUCAAACAAGCAAUGAGAAAUGCCAAAGAGCAUGCUAGAUUAUUACCUCACUCUGUCUGCUCCCCUACUCCUGACAACACCACAUCUACCUCGCAGUCUGCAGCUCCUCCUUCUAAUAACACCUUUCCUCAUCUCUCUCGCUUGGCCAUCAAGUCCUGGCCAAAUAUCCUUUUCCAGGCCACCGCCCGGAAAGCUGCUUCUUCCUCCUCCUCCCCGUCUGCUUCUCCUCUUCCUCUUCCUCCCCUUUCCUUGCCUCUAAACGGUUACCUCAACGUCCUGCAGCAGCGUCUCCAGGGGUUCCCCCACCUCCCUACCCAACGAGAGUGGUUCAGAUGAGUCUGACAACGAGCUGAGCCAGAAGCUGGAUGAAUUAGAUAAGGUGUUGGAGGCCAAGGCUAAGUCGACCUCCGGCCUAGGCGCAGGCUUCAGCAGUAUCAGAAUGGAUAUGUUCAGUGUGUAG